GCAGGAAUAGCCCAUGCCCAGGAGGACCUUUCACACAAUCAACCUUCUCAUUGGCUUUGUUCGACAGGGCUCUAGUUCAAACGCCCGCCUUACGACUACAUACACCGAAUGCAACAUCACAAUCCGCAACCAGUCUACAUUCCGCCUCCUUCGAUACUUUCCGAUCUCCCCUACUUUGAUGAUCAACUAUAUGCCUAUCUCCAUGAGUCGCCGUUCCGCCAUACCUACGACCUCCCCUUACCCGAUGACGUUGCGGAAGAGAUCGUACUGUCGCUGAACAAGAGAAUAUGUGCGGGGACUAAUGGCUCACCGGAACUCCUCUUUGGGACUUCGUCAAUACCGGGUGUGUUUCAAGAGACGGAAACGGGGGCGGCUGUGACGUCGAGAGUAGCGGUCGAGCCUUCAAUUACGGAGAUCAUUGGUGCAAAUGCAACUGCGAGUUUACCACCAGAAUAUCAAGAGUCACAGAGAGGGAAAGCUUGUGGGCAUGUAUUUAAGAGGGGCGAAGCCGUAUAUCGAUGCAGAAACUGCGCCUUAGACGAGACUUGUGUAUUCUGCUCUCGCUGCUUUCAUGCGACUAAUCACGAGGGACACGACACGUCGUUUUCAAUUGCGUCGGGUACCGGAGGUUGCUGUGACUGUGGGGAUCCAGAAGCGUGGAGGGUGCCCAUCAAUUGCACCUACCAUUAUUUGCACCCGUCUGUAUCAUCACUUUCUCCCUCUGACCAGCACAAUGUAGCAGAUAUAGCACCUUCCUAUACUCAAGUACCUGAGGAAGUCAUAGCACCAAUACGGUCCACCAUUGCCACGGUCUUCGAUUUCAUUCUUGACACUUUGAUGGAGGCACCAGUCGACCUAACUCUGCCAGCAUCGACCGAAGCAAUUGAAGAAGCAAACCCACCCGAAACGCAAGAGCAAUCAACUCCAGAUGGCUUAGGCCAACCUCAGCUUAAGUUUGCCUGUGUCCUAUGGAACGAUGAAACGCACUCCUUUCAAGAAGUCAUUGAUCAAGUUAUGGAAGCUGUUCGUGUGGACGAUGAUGAGGCUAAAGGGGUUGCGGAAGCGGUAGACUUCCAUGGGCGGCAAGUGGUCAAAGUAUCUUCACAAUUGCCGCGCCUGCUGAGUAUAGCGCGCAUCAUAUCACAGAUUGGGCUGACUGUAUCGAUCCGAUCCGCCAGAGAGACCUUUCGGGAGGAAGUAGUGGGGGUGUUGAUUGGAUGGCUGAAGAACUUGCCGAAGCAGGUAGUGGGAGUGAGACGGAUGACUGAUGUGACUUACGAGCCUAUUGAUGCAAUGGUCCGACGUCUAAUCUGUGAAGAAAUGUGUGCAAAUCGAAGACAAAUCAAAGUCCGAUUCACUGGGCGUAUGAUUUCACCAACUCUUUCAGAAGAGGAGGAUGAUGUUGCUAUUCUGGAUCCUGCGGAGGAGGCACAUGCGAUGAAUGACAAUAUAAAUAACGAGAGGCGGGAUGCUCAAGUCGAAGCACGACGAUAUUUGGCGCGGAGCCAAGAAGGGCAACGAUUGAGGAUCGACCACCUUCUUUUAGCCGAUGUAAAAUUAUGGAAAGAGGCUCGAAAUUCCUUACGUGAAUUGUAUAUAGGAACUAUGAUUGUGAGUGGGGACGAGUACAAGAGAGUCAUGGGAUUCCGAUUCGCCCGCAAUUACCUGCGGAUCGCCAAUUCCUAUCUAUUCCACGACCGGGAGUACGAGCUUUCUAUCAUAAACUUUUCUGUGCAACUCUUCACCGUACCCACCAUAGCACAAUAUCUGGCAACACAUACCAAUCUGCUCUCAACCCAGUUUCUGAUACUCAAAGCAUUUUACCUCUCUGAUGUCCUUCCAUCCCAGUAUUCUUUGAAAGACUUUAACGGAUCGGUACGGCUGGCCCGUUACGAUAUCCGCCCGCACUAUCCUAAGCUCAGAUGUGAAUCAGAGGCCGCAAGGAAUAGACGCUAUUGGCAUCUUUUUCAAGACAUUCGGUACCUCCUAACGACUCAUCGAGCAAAAGACAGUGUAUUUCGCGGAAAUCCCGACAUUGUGCGCGGCUUCCUCGAUAUAUGUCGGGUCUGGCAAGGCAUGCAUCCACAACAACGUUAUACGAGACAGCACGUGGAAUAUGAGGACGAACAUUGGGUGCAUGCUUUCAACCUUAGUUUGCAAGUUGGACGACAAAUCAAGUUUGCUGCUGAUUGCCUGGGACCAACUGGGAACUCGCCAAGGGAUUAUAGUGAGCUUCAGACUGCGACAGCAUCCACUCUUGCUGUGUUGACUGUGUGGUGCGAGAUGGAGCAAAUGGAUGAGAUUAAAAAAGUCCUCUUGCAACAAGGACAAGCUGCGGGACUUGGAGUUAACCACGACCGACGAAUACCUGGAAAAGAUGGAUUGCAUUUGGUUGAAGUCGUUCCAGGCAAACCUUUCAGAGUUCCCUUUUUUAGGGUUGCUUCGCAGCCUAUAUCUUUUCACCACCCCCUACAUUGGUUCUUAGCGCAACUCCUCGCUCACGUUCCCAGGGUGCUCCAGGAGAUUGGAAACGCGGAACUUGCUGCGAAGGCAUUGUAUCACCUCUUCGAUGAGACGAAAAUAGUUCCAUUAUUGAAGAGUGUAGGCGCGUCAACCAGCGAACACCCAGCGCCAGCCUCGGGAGUCGACCUGAAGCGUGUUUGCAGGAUAAUGGACUUUCCCUUGCGAGUAACGGUGCUACUUGCACAGAUUCGUGCUGGAAUAUGGGUUCGUAAUGGGUUCAAUAUUCGUUCCCAGGCCCUGCAUUAUCGUGAAAACACGCUUCGAGAAUCGUAUGACCAGGAUUUGUAUCUCCUUCAAGUCUUUUCGAUUUUGGUUGGGCCGGACAUGUUCAUCACGUCGGUUUUGGAUCGGUUUGAUCUUGUCUCAUGGUUCCAAGGUCGCGUACGGGAGGCAGCAGCUCUCACAGCAUUGGAACCUGGGCAGCUCACCAAUCUUGCUGAGGAUCUCUUGCACCUCUUGAUCGUCUUGUUGACAGAGCGGAGUAGAAUCUGUGCCCAUUCACUAGAGCAGGAGAUGAGACGAGAGAUUAUACAUCAUCUUGCUGUCCAGCCUCAAGGUCUUGCUUAUUCUGAACUUCAAAAGCGUAUACCCGAACGCCUAGUAGAUAGCGCGCCGGAGAGUCCACAUGGGAAGUCGUUCGAUGAUGUCCUCGCCGAACUGUCGGAUUUCACGUUUCCAGAAGGGAUGAGUGACCAUGGAACAUAUGAACUGAAGCCAGAGUAUUAUGAAGAGGUCGAUCCGUGGUUCUGGCAUUACACCCGCAACCAACGCGAAGAGAUGGAGGAGCUUUUAACAAAACGAGCCGGGAAACGUCCACAGCGCGGUCCACUGGCGGAGGAGGACUAUAUCCGACCACCUCGCUUGCAACCAAUACCUAUAACUACCGGGCAUCAGGCUCUUGGAAACUUGGUAAAAGGCGAAGCUUUUGUUCGAGUUCUGUUUUUCGCGCUGUGGAACACAUUAGGGCGACCGGACGAUAAAGUCAUCGAUGUGGCUGGGGUUAAGAGUGCGACACUGGUAGCUGAAGCAAUUCGAUUGUUGAUGCUGGGAGUACAGGUGGAGAGAAUGGAGAGGGGAACCGGCAGUGCCGACAUGCAGCUGCCUCGGUUCAUCGAUCUUGUUACCGAAGUGCAAAUAAGUGUCCCUAUCGGUACACGGUCAGGAGAAAGCAGAGAAGCUAAGCAGAUGACCUUGCUACAAUUCCUGUUGCACAUAAUGGAUCGGGUUACUGAAGAAGAAAUCAAAGAGCACACUGCCCGGCUGAGAUGGCUACUGCGAAGUUUCGAAGAAUUAGGGAGCGAGCUUACGCGAGGUGUCAUUGCUGAAUAUCGCCAACAUGCCAUAAACGAACGUGCAGGGACCCCAGUUUCUGAUACUGCCAGCGCCAGUGACGAGCGCGAACGCAAAAAGGUGGCCGCCAAAGCUGCGGCAAAAGCGCGGCAAGCUGCAAUUAUGGCACAAUUUGCACAAGCUCAGAAAAGCUUCAUGGAGACAUAUGGCGAUGAGAUGGAGGAGGCGGAAAACGAAAAUGAUGAAGGCACCGGUGACUGGGACACUGGUGAUGAUUUGUGGGUCCAAGGUGGCAAGCAGGAGUGGUCCGUCGAUAGAUCCUGGAAGUUCCCAUCUGGACCGUGUAUCUUCUGCCAGGAAGACACGGACAAAGGCACGGACACCUAUGGUUUACUGGGUCUCGUACAACCUAGUCAAAUUCAACGGCACAUUGACUUCGGUGAUACAGAAUGUGUCGCCGGUGUGCUGAGGACGCAGUCUUCGUUAGAUGUAGCAUGGAGUCGACCCACAUCGGGAACAUCCUCCCCAAGUAAACAGUCACCCCAAUCGUCGUCAAUCAAUGUGGCCGCAGGGUCGCCAUCGAGCACCUCCCCCGGGAUGGCGUCGUCAUUACGUCCUCUGCUCUCUGGGUAUCCCAUCUCCCACGAUAUAUUCUCACCCGGUUUGCACAUUUCGACCUGUGGUCAUGUAAUGCAUGUAAACUGCUUCCAGCAGUAUUAUGCAUCUGUGCAAGCGCGUCAAACGGCACAACCAACACGAAAUCACCCGGAGCAAUUGGAUCGCCAUGAGUAUAUGUGUCCGCUAUGUAAAAGCUUAGGAAAUUGCCUUGUUCCUGUACUGUGGACCGCAAGGAAAGAAAAAAUCAAUUGGGUGCGCGUUGAGAGUGCUCAUAACGGGUCCGGUGCGCUGGACGGGUUGCAAGGCUGGUGGGACAGUUCAAAGCUUGGUCAAUUUGCGCGGAGGGUAAGGGAAUCAAUUGUAGCAGGAACGAAGCGAAAGGCGAUGGACAUAGAUAAUACGGAUGAAAUGGAGUAUACAUCGAGCAACAUGAGCAUGUCGACCACAACUCCGGAGGAAUCCGACGAAGCGCUUCUCCAUGCAUUAGAACCAGGAGGAAUUGCUCAAAGAUUUCGCCAGACUGUCUCUCCGUUCAUAGCGGACUCGCUUCCACGAAACCGGCGGGACAUAGGCGGGGACCAUUCUACAUAUGUCGCGCAUUCGGCAAAUUUGAACGACUUCCGACCUGUUUUCGUGCGAUUCCUCCGUGUACUUCGGCAAAUGGAUCAUCAGCUAGACAUCGAGAUCGAAAAUGCAGAACCUCAAAUGCAAGGACUCGAUGUCAUGUGGGAUGCAUUCGCAUACACGGUUUCCGCAUUGGAGAUAGGGAGCCGCGGUGUUGUUUCUAAAGUGGAACAGCGUCCACCAAACGGUCAACCGCGAAUAGGUGUUAUCGAUGCAAUGAGUCCACACUCCUUGACGCUGCUGAGAGUCUUUAGCGAGUGUAUUCUAACCUACACAAAUUUGGUAAUUCAAGCUGAAGAUAUGGAAGCGAGGGUACGGGAGCGUGGAGCGGAUCUUGUCCGAGACGUGUUUUACGGGUUUGUGGAGAUCCCUUGUGAUGCGUCAGAUCUGGUGAAAAUGGAAGAUGGUGACUUGGCGCCAUUCUUACUCGCUGAUCUCCAGAACGCUUUUAGUCAACUGUGCUUUACCACUCUCCCAGCUUUCGGAACUUGUGAGAUGGAGGAUGUAUUUAAGUGGUGUGGAAUCUUUUUUGUGGCCAAAGUGGUGAAGGCCAUCAGCGGAAUUGUGGAAAGUGUAGGGAUGCGAGGUGAGAAAUGGGCGGACGUGGCAGACUUGGGCCGGAGAGGGAGGGAUGAAGGACAAUCUGAAUCGGACGAAGAGAUUGAGAUGCGGAUGUUUGUUCAUUGGAUUUGUGAGAAUUUAAAAAUGCGUGGAGACAUAAGGGAUGCCGUUAUGGCCAGACUUAACAUGGGGAUGGUAGCUGGCAUCGUACGCAGAAUCGCCCUAGUAUUUUUGCGAUUCCUGGUGAUUACAAUUUGGGCGAGAUUUGGCAUUGUGCCACCUGAUGCCGAGGACGAAAUGAGCGAUGUUACAACAGGAGAAGAGGAGGAAGAGUUCGAACGCCUGAGAAGAUUUCUUCAUCUGCCAUCUUUGUGGGAGCUCUGUUCGAGAAGGACAAUCAAUGACGGAUUUUUAAACCGACUCAUAGCGGGAUGGUGCACGCAUGUAACGCACUUUGACGAUGAUCUGUUCGGCGGCCCUCCACAUCCAUCACUAUUUGGUGAUCCGUCCUUCGGGCCAAGCCAUCGCGAUAAUAUGUCUCAGCCGAACUAUGAUUCCCGGAUACUUCUUCUACCUGAUCCCGCAAUCCGUGAACUUGUCUCACUUCCAUACCGCCUUGACACCUUGUUUGAAGAGAGCCUGCGCCGUGUGUGUCGCAAGUGCAGUCAAGUUCCCUCUGAUCCCGCUCUGUGCCUAAUAUGUGGGCUGUUUGUGUGUAGCCAAAGCUUCUGCUGUCAAGAAGAUGACCGGGGCGAGUGUAAUACACAUGCCAGGAUAUGCGGCGGUGGCAUCGGUAUUUACUUCAUCAUCAAAAAAUGCGUCGUCCUGCUGUUGCACUGUGACAAUGGCUUUUUCAUCAAUCCUCCAUACUUGGACGCACAUGGGGAGGUUGACCUUGGGCUACGGCGCGGACGUCCACAAUAUCUCAACCAGCGACGGUACGACGAAAUCCGUAAGCUGUGGUUAGCUCAUGGCGUACCCAGCUAUGUGGCGAGAAAGAUUGAGCAGAGCUAUGAUAGAGGCGGAUGGCAAACUUUGUAAAUUCAUUUGUUCAUUUCGUCAACACUGUAGAUGUAGGUAAAAAAAGCUUACCCCAGCAGCCCAG